CGGAGGGAGGACGCGGUGACGAAUAGAGGGUCGCCCGCGCGCGGCCCCUCCUGGGCUGUCCCGUUGUUCCGAGUUCCCUGUCCCUGUCAGCCUCCCUGAUAGAUCAGCUUCUGGGGGCAGGAACCCCAGUGCUCGCUGCAGAGUGACAGACACAUAAUGGCAGGGAAGGGACACAGCCGGCGCUGAUGCUCGGAGGCCUCCAGGGAUGGAGAGUGGCCUGGCUGGCGACGGCACAGGAGCCGGGCUGGUGAUGAAGGUCAAGCAGGAGAAGCCGGAGCGGCUGCUGCAGACGCUGGUGCCGCAGGCCAUGCUUGCGGAGAAGGACAAGGAGAACAUCUUCCAGCAGCACCCGGGCCUCCCUCCACGCCAGGCCUUGGGUUGGUCUCGAGCCCUAGGGGCACAGGAGGAGUCUGGGAGUCCCAGGUGGGCCCCUCCCGCUGAGCAGGAUGUGGGGCUGGCAGGCCGGGCUCCCGGGGCAGCCUCUGGCCCCCUGAGCCCGGCGCUUUCUGCCAGCGAGGGUCAUUUCGUGUGCCUAGACUGCGGGAAGAGGUUCAGCUGGUGGUCGUCCCUGAAGAUCCACCAGCGCACCCACACCGGGGAGAAGCCGUACCUCUGCGGCAAGUGCGGCAAGAGCUUCAGCCAGAAGCCAAACCUGGCGCGCCACCAGCGGCACCACACGGGCGAGCGGCCCUUCUGCUGCCCCGAGUGCGCGCGGCGCUUCAGCCAGAAGCAGCACCUGCUCAAGCACCAGAAGACCCACUCCCGGCCGGCCACCCACUCGUGCCCCGAGUGCGAGCGCUGCUUCCGCCACCAGGUGGGCCUCCGCAUCCACCAGCGCGCGCACGCCCGGGACCGCCAGGGUGCCCGCGCCGGCCUGCACGAGCUGCUCCGGGAUGCGGCGUCGCGCCGGGCCUGUCGCCUGCGGCCUGGGCCGCCGCGGGGGCGCCCCGAGUGGGCCUGGCUAGGACUCUGCCAGGGCUGGUGGGGCCAGCCCGGGGCCCGGACCGCCGUCUCCCGCCCCUCGGGGCCGGGCGAGCAGCGCCAGUUCAUCUGCAACGAGUGUGGCAAGAGCUUCACCUGGUGGUCGUCGCUGAACAUCCACCAGCGCAUCCACACGGGGGAGCGACCUUACGCGUGCCCAGAGUGCGGCCGCUGCUUCAGCCAGAAGCCCAACCUGACGCGGCACCUGCGCAACCACACGGGCGAGCGUCCGCACCCCUGCCCGCACUGCGGCCGUGGCUUCCGCCAGAAGCAGCACCUGCUCAAGCACCUGCGCACGCACCUGCCAGGCGCCCAGGCAGCGCCCUGCCCCAGCUGCGGUAAGAGCUGCCGCAGCCGCGCCGCGCUGCGCGCCCACCAGCGCGCCCAUGCCGCCGCCCAGCCCACCGUCCCAGCCGAGAAACCUGGCGACCAGCCGCAAGCCAAGGUCAUUCCGGGCUUGGCCGCGCGGCCGCGGAGCCCCCAACGGCCCCCGGGGGCCCGGGACGCACUGUGGGGCCGGGGACGCGCAGGCCUGGCCAGGCCUGGCGAGCCGCGCCAGUUCAUCUGCAACGAGUGCGGCAAGAGCUUCUCGUGGUGGUCGGCGCUCACCAUCCACCAGCGCAUCCACACAGGUGAGCGGCCCUACCCGUGCCCCGAGUGCGGCCGCCGCUUCAGCCAGAAGCCCAACCUGACGCGGCACCGGCGUAACCACACAGGCGAGCGGCCCUAUCUGUGUCCCGCCUGCGGCCGCGGCUUCAGCCAGAAGCAGCACCUGGUCAAGCACCAGCGCGUGCACCGCGCGGCCCCUGCGCCCGGCGCCAAGGAAGAGGCGCGCUAGUGGGCGGAACCCCCGUGGACCUGUGGUGGCGGUGGCAGCGGGGGAUGCCACAGAGGGACUGGUGAAUUCCUCAAAGCUCUCAAGGCCUGAUAACAGUUCCAGAAGCAUCCCAGAGGGUGCCGGGAAAGGUCCCAGCGUGGGUUUAAGGAGGAGGGAAGAUGGAGUUUCCCACCGCAGGCCUGGAUGUGACCACCCUCUUCAGAGGUUGGACUUAAGGCUUCAAGCACCGAGUGAGGGGUCUGUUGGGGACACUGGGAGAGGCUCCUGGUGUGAAGUGGCCCGGGUCUGGACUGGUCACCUGUGGCACCGCCCCACCCAGGCUGCAGGAUGGCCGGGGGUUGCCCCUGUGGGAGAAUCGCCACAGACUCCGUGAUACCAAGGAUGGAAGCCAGAGGCCGCGGCAAGGGAGAGCCAAGCGUAUUCCCAGCACCAGAGCCAGUGCUGGCACGUCGUAGUCAUCCAAUAAAUAUUUUUGGAAGGAGUGA